AGCUGGACAACCGCCCCCAUAAUCAGACCGACUCUCCACCUCAUCACCUCUCUCUCUAAGAUCUCUAUAUAAGGAGAGAGAGAGCAUCUUAGUAACUCCACCACAUUACUCCAUCCUAAAUCCUACUAUACCCUCCCAGGAAAAAAUCCCUACAAAAAUGCUCACCCCCAAUGAUCUCGAAAAUGCCACUCCAUACACUCCGCUGCCGGACUCCGCCGCUUCCUCGGCGGAUCGCCACCGACCCAUCAAGGCUCUCGCCGGGAUAUUCCUUUCCCUGCUUUUUCUAUCACUUCUAAUCGUCUUGAUUUUUAACCAAGACCCACAACCCUCCCCUGAUAAAGUCAUGAACGAAAAUGAUCAGCCAACGUCUUCUCCUCUGAUCCCAAUGUCGUCCGAAAAGUUAAUUCUGCAGUCGAGAAGGAUGGCGCAGGCGCAGGGGGUGUCGUUGAAGACAUUCCGGGACUUCUCCGGCGAACAUGACUCGGUGUAUCCUUGGAGCAACGCCAUGUUGGCUUGGCAAAGAACUGCUUUCCAUUUCCAACCAGAAAAAAACUGGAUGAAUGGUCCAUUAUUUUACAAGGGGUGGUACCACAUUUUCUACCAGUACAACCCGGAAUCCGCGGUUUGGGGCAACAUCGCAUGGGGCCACGCAGUUUCGGAAGACAUGAUCCAUUGGCUCCACCUUCCCUCCGCCAUGGUACCCGAUAACUGGUUCGACGCUAAUGGUGUUUGGACCGGGUCUGCUACGAUCCUACCCGAUGGCCAAAUCGUAAUGCUUUACACCGGGUCCACCGACAAAAAAAUGCAGGUGCAAAACCUUGCGUAUCCUGCCAACCUAUCCGAUCCGCUCCUGCUAGACUGGGUCAAGUACUCUGGUAACCCAGUUUUGGUUCCCCCGCUCGGUAUUCGUCCGAAAGAUUUUAGGGACCCUACCACCGCAUGGGUCAACCGAGAUGGAAAAUGGCGGGUUGCUAUCGGGUCAAAGGUUAAUUCCACGGGUAUUACCCUUGUUUACGAAACCACCAAUUUUACUAGUUUUGAAUUAUUGGAGGGUGUUAUGCAUGCCGUUCAUGGUACGGCUAUGUGGGAGUGUGUGGACUUUUACCCGGUUUCAACAAGUGACGCAAAUGGGCUGGACACGUCGUUCAAUGGGCCGGGUAUUAAGCAUGUCCUAAAGGCAAGCUUGGAUGAUAAGAAGAAGGAUUAUUAUGCAAUUGGGACAUAUGAUCCUGUAAAUAACACGUGGACGCCCGAUAACCCGGAAAUGGAUGUGGGUAUCGGGUUGCGGGUGGAUUAUGGGGUGUACUAUGCAUCGAAGACGUUUUAUGACCAGAAUAAGCAGAGGAGGAUCUCGUGGAGUUGGAUCGGAGAAACUGAUAAUGAAAGUGAUGACCUUUUGAAGGGUUGGGCAUCAGUUCAGACCAUUCCAAGGACGGUAGUGUUUGACAAGAAGACCGGAAGCAACAUACUUCAAUGGCCAGCGGAAGAAGUGGAGAGUUUGCGAUUGAACGUUACUGAAUUCCAUGGAGUGGAGCUUGGUCCGGGAUCAGUCGUGCCACUGAACAUAAGCUCGGCUACACAGUUGGACAUCGUCGCUACAUUUGAAGUAGACAAGGCGGCGCUGGAGGCGACAACUGAAGCCGAUGUUGGUCACACAUGCAGCACCACCGGUGGUGCUGCAUCGAGAGGUGCUUUGGGACCUUUCGGGCUGCUGGUUCUCGCUGAUGAAUCGUUGUCCGAGUUAACGCCUGUCUAUUUCUACAUUUCUAAGGACAUUGACGGCAGUUACAAGACCUUCUUCUGUUCCGAUGAGAUGAGGUCAUCAAAGGCUUCAUCAGUUAACAAGAGGGUGCAUGGUGGCACGGUCCCUGUGCUCGAGGGCGAAAAAUUCUCUAUGCGAUUAUUGGUGGAUCAUUCGAUUGUGGAGAGCUUUGCUCAAGGAGGAAGAACAGUGAUCACGUCUCGAAUUUACCCGACGAGGGCCAUCGAUGGAGCAGCGCGAGUAUUUCUGUUCAACAAUGCCACCGGAACAAGUGUAACAGCAUCUCUGAAGAUAUGGCAAAUGGAUUCAGCACACAUUCACCAAUUCUUGUUGGAUCAGAUGUAGUUCACUCUGGUCAAUUCAUCCCUUUUCCUUGUUUGGUUGUCUGGAAAAUGGAAGAAAAAGGGGAGGAAAAAAAAAAUCUGGAAUUUCGCAGCAACCAAAAAUCCCAUUUUUUUGGGCAUGUCCAAAGGCAAUAUGUAAUUAAUUGUAGAUCAUUUGAACAGUGAGUAUUGGAAUGUUGAUAGUUUUCGAUCUC